AUGGCAUACAUCCUGUAUGCAGAUAUCGUCGGAUUCACCGCCAUCUCGUCCACCUAUUCGGCCCAGGAUCUGGUGAAAAUUUUGAACGAACUGUUUGCACGUUUCGACCGUUUGGCUGAGAAAUACCAACAAUUAAGGAUAAAGAUCCUGGGCGAUUGUUAUUACUGUAUCAGUGGCGCUCCGGUAGAACGUCCGGAUCAUGCGGUGCUCUGCGUCCAUAUGGGCCUGUCCAUGGUGAAAGCCAUCAAAUACGUGCAACAGAAGACAAACUCCCCGGUCGAUAUGAGGGUGGGAAUUCACACCGGGGCAGUUCUGGCGGGAAUUUUGGGGCAACGGCAAUGGCAAUUCGACGUCUACUCCAAGGACGUUGAACUUGCCAACAAGAUGGAAUCCAGCGGAAAAGCAGGACGGGUACAUCUGUCGGAGAAAACGCUCGGUUUCCUAAACGGUGAAUUCGAGGUGGAGCCAGCCUUUGGGGAAAAGCGAGAGGAAGCGCUGCGGAUAGCGGGUCUGAAGACCUAUUUCAUCUCCAAAGUGCUGAAACCGUUCUGCGCCGCCGAGCACCGCAUGAACGGAUCCGCUGACCCCAAGGAUGCCAUCGUGGAACCGGACGGCCCGUCAGAAGUUUUCCGGGACGACGAGGAAACCAAGACUCCAGCGGACGAGGAAUCCAAUGCCGGUCUGGACGACACAUCGAAAGAGGCGGCCACCGAAGAGUACAAAAUUCGACUCCGGAAGGAGCUGGUCAGUCGCGAUGGCCACCGGGAAAUCUACAAGGACAUCGACUGGUUGCUCCGGUUCAAAGACUGUGAAAUCGAGAAAGCCUACGCCCUCUACCGGCAACCGCACAGCUCAAUCCCGUUGCUGGCCGCACUAAUCGUGCAAUUUAUUGGGAUAGUCUUCGCAGUGCUGGUCCUGCCAAGGACUUCGUUACAUUUCGAAAUCGUCAUACCGCCCCUGGUAAUAAUUUUCAUCCUGGUGUUCAUCUCGGUUGCGGAGAGCUUUCCUCGGGAAACGAUCGAUAUGGUGCUGGUAAUCUUCUUCCUAACCGCCAUCAGCAGUCAAACGGUUCCAUUCGAGAAACCAUUCGACCAGAAGGCUCCACCUUACAAGUUAUCUUCUAACGCAGGAAAUUUCGAAGAACAAAAAUACAUUAGGCCUUAUCCUCCUUCAGCGGCCACCCUGAAGCCACAACUACAGUAG